CUCUACUCUAUGAUACUCGACGUGGGUGCGCCGCAGAGUGAAGUCAUAUGUACAUAGACUGUUUACUUACAUGGCCCAUCCAAUGGAGUCUUGCUUCCUCCUGCUGCUGCUGCGCAUGCCUGCCCUACCCAUCUCUGCCUACCUACCCACCUACCCACCUACCCACCUACCCACCUACCUACCUACCCACCUACCUACACUCGUAUGUAUGCACACUCCUAUGCACCCAUAUGCACACUCGCACUCUACAUACCCACAUACUCUACAUACAUACAAAAUUCGUGGUAAGUACCGCUCUCUAUGCAGAAGACGUGCGCCGAAGUGCAAAACAGUGCAGCAUAUCUACCGUACCAGACCGAGUCAAUCGCCGGUUUCGCGCCACGCGCCGCCCCGGCGUGGCCGCCGCCGAUUCUCAGCCCGUGUGCUGGGUUGUGCAGAUCGGAGGGCGGAAAUUUGGAAUUGAUGGCUUACAUAUGGGAUUGGCACAUGGCACAUGGAUGGUGGGUGGGUGAUGGGUGAUGGGACGAUAUGUAUGCACCUUGGUACGGUGUGUGUGUAUUUAUGGAUGGAUGGAUGGGUGGAUGGAUAUGGGUAUGGAUGUGGGUAUGGUAUGUAUGGUAUGGAUGGAUGUGGGUAAGUAUGGUAUGGAUGGAUGUAUGCACCAUGGUAUGUGUGUAUGUGUGUAUGUGUGUAUGUGUGUAUGUGUGUAUGUGUGUAUGUGUGUAUAUGUGUGUAUGUGUGUAUGUGUGUAUGUGUGUAUAUGUGUGUAUGUGUGUAUGUGU